AUGGUGGAGGUGCGAAGGCGGAAGACAAGUGGGUUGGGCAAAGGGUCGAUGAGGUUGACGACGGGACGAUGGUUUGGCGAGCUGAUGUCGUUGGAGCUCAAGGCAGCUCAAGCAAUGCGCGUAACGCUGCCGGCCGUGAGCAAGCUGGGGGACCACACUAGCCACCCGCUGACAGUGGACACCUUCCAGAGCUGCAGGGGUCCAAAGCUGGAGCACAGGCCACUUGUUCGCAACCUUGGGAUUUACACACUGCGGAUCCUCUCCACGAAACCAAGAGACUCUCGCUCGACGGCUGCGAAAGCCGCAACACCACUCAUCAUGGGGUUCAUCAGUGGGAUUCUUUACGUCGUCAUCCUCAUCCUCAAUGCGAUGUGUAUCCUCUCCGAAGACCGAUUCCUCGCGCGCAUCAACCUCUCCCCAAAAUCCAUCGACCCAGCCUUCGGACAAUCAGGAGCAGAUGCCAGCGUUUGGAGCAAGGUUGCGAGUUUGAUAUCGAGCGUGCGGAUGGUCGUGAGAUUCCCUCUCAUAUUCGUAAACGCCGUGAUAAUAGUCUACGAGCUGAUCCUAGGAUGA